GAGAGGCCUGGCUGGCCGGGGCUUCGGCCUCAGGCUUCGGGAAAUGGCUACGAGGGGCAGGAUGGAGGACGGUUCCUUGGAUCUCACUCAAAGUAUUGAAGAUGACCCUCUUCUGGACACCCAGCAUCUUCCACACCAUUCAUUACAUGCUCAGUUUAGACCCAGAUUCCAUCCUCUUCCUACGGUCAUCAUAGCAAAUCUUCUCUUAUUAAUACAUGUUGUAUUUGUCAUUUUAGCAUUUUUGACAGGUGUGCUUUGUUCUUACCCUAAUCCAAUUGAGGACAAGUGCCCAGGAAACUAUACCAACCCACUGAAGGUUCAGACAGUCAUAAUCCUUGGAAAAGUUAUUUUGUGGAUUCUGCAUUUCCUUCUUGAACGCUACAUCCAGUAUCACCACAACAAAGUCAGAAACCGAGGCUAUAACAUGAUCUACCUAGCUACGAGGCAUCUUAAAGGACUUGCACUGAUGAUACACUCAACCGGCAGCACAACUCUCCUCCUCGUGUUGUGCAUGCAGCACUCCUUCCCGGAGCCCAGCAGGCUGUAUCUUGACCUCAUCCUGGCCAUCCUGGGCCUGGAACUGAUCUGUUCCCUGACCUGUCUGCUCAUUUACACAGUGAAAAUUCGAAAAUUUAAUAAAGCCAAACCACAACCUGAUGUACUUGAAGAAGAAAAAAUCUAUGCUUACCCCAGCAAUAUUACCUCGGAGACUGGAUUCAGGCCUAUUUCAAGCCUAGAAGAGAUCGUUGAAAAGCAAGGAGACAUAAUUGCCUACCUGAAGCGACACAAUGCCCUGUUGAGUAAGCGCUUGUUGACUUUCACUUCCUCUGACCUUGACUCUCCGCCUGCUCACGUGUGAGCUGCUCAAGGUCAGGAGGGCAGUUGCAGAGGAAUGCAGAGGAAUCUAAGACUGAUCGAUGACCUGACCAGCUAUCCUCAGGAAUGCCAGUUUUUGCCAGAUAACAUUUGACAAUUUUGGUUGGAAACUUUAAUUUUGCUCUCACCUGCAUGGCUCUUUAGUAGGUGAGACUUUUGGGUCACUUGAAAAGUAUUUCGUAGAGCCUGGAUAUCUCGAGGAGAACGUCUGUUUUUGCACAUUUUGAAGUUGUUUAACUGUCUGGUUUAUCCUAAGAUCAAAGGUGUAGUUUAAACGACUCUUCCUGCCCAAGAUUAGAACCCGGUAAUAAUUUGGCUAUGUAUAUGGAGGAAAUCUGACGCGAUGAUCUAGUUGAAACAAGGGUUUGAUCAAGUUAAGUUUUCUCCACUCUUAAACUGAUGAGAGAAAUCAUUUUUUUUUUUUUGUGGUUAAUGUUGUUUUCCCCUGCAGAGCCUCAUCAUGUACUCGAAGUGCUUGUGUGGUCUGGGAUGACAGCUUGGCCUCUGUAGCUCUUACGGAGAAUAUCCUCUUUGUAAGACCAGUCUCACUAGCUGGUUGACUAUGCAAACUCCUAUAGUUUUCCAUUCUCCAGAAAUAAGAUAAUCAAGAUCACUUGGACCAGUGUCAGACUGACCAGUGUUGCUUGUUAUGUCAGCAGCACCUUCCACUGGCAACAGCUGAAAAACUUCAGAGAAAACUUGAGAACGUUCCCCUUAUUUUAAUCCUUCUUUAGUUGCCAUGUGUUUCAGUAUUGACUAUACCUUGAUUAGAUCAAGAAAGGUAUGUUCUUUGGCUUUAAGUUGGUCCAAAAACCAUCUUUUUAGCCUUGACUUAUGCUUUCUUAAGUCUUAUUUAUUUGAAUAAUCUCUACACCCAGUGUGAGGCUCGAACUCACAACCCAGAGAUCAAGAGUCACAUGCUCUUCCAACUGAUCCAGCUGGGCCCACC